AUGGGCGCCAAGCAGAGCGGCCCGGCCGCUGCUAACGGCCGCACCCGCGCGUACUCGGGCUCGGAUUUACCUUCCAGCAGCAGCAGCAGCGGAGGGGCCAACGGGACCGCGGGCGGCGGGGCGCGAGCCGCAGCUGCUGGGCGGUUUCCGGCUCAGGUGCCCAGCGCGCACCAGCCCAGCGCCUCCGGCGGCGCCGCGGCGGCCUCGGCGGCCCCGCGCAGCCGCUCCCUCGGCGGGGCCGUGGGGACCGUGGCGUCGGGGGCCCGGGCGGCUCAGUCCACCUUCAGCAUCCCCAACAGCAGCAGCGGCCCGUACGGCUCGCAGGACUCGGUUCACAGCAGCCCGGAGGACGGCGGCAGCAGCGGCGGCAGGGACCGGCCGGCAAGCGGGGGUCCCGGAGGGCCGCGCCUGGUGAUCGGCUCCUUACCAGCUCACCUCUCGCCGCACAUGUUUGGAGGAUUUAAGUGCCCUGUAUGCUCAAAAUUUGUACCCUCAGAUGAAAUGGAUUUGCAUCUUGUGAUGUGUUUAACAAAGCCAAGAAUAACCUAUAAUGAGGACGUACUGAGUAAAGAUGCUGGGGAAUGUGCAAUAUGCCUUGAAGAACUGCAGCAGGGAGAUACUAUAGCACGACUGCCUUGUCUAUGCAUAUAUCAUAAAGGCUGCAUAGAUGAAUGGUUUGAAGUAAAUAGAUCUUGCCCUGAGCACCCUUCAGAUUAA